AUGGCCGUGGCGGCGGUGGACCACCGCGGCCGGCCCGCCGCCCGUGCUUCCACCGGCCGCUGGAGAUCGGCACGCUUCAUCAUAGCGGUGGAGAUGGCGGAGCGGUUCUCCUUCUUCGGGGUGUCUUUCAACCUGAUCACCUACCUGACGGGGCCGCUGGGCGAGGGGGUCGCCGAGGCCGCGUCCGCCAUCAACAUCUGGAACGGCGUGGCGCAGCUGCUGCCGCUGCUCGGCGCCGCCGUCGCGGACUCAUGGCUCGGCCGGUACCGCACCAUCCUGCUCGCCUCCGUGAUCUACAUCCUGGCUUUAGCAAUGCUCGCUCUAUCGACGUUGCUCUCCUCUGGGAGCGAUAAGUGCGGGGACGCCAACACGCCCUGCCUGUCGCCCUCCGGUCUACAGAUGGCCUCCUUCUACACCUCCCUCUACAUGGUGGGUCUCGCGCAGGGUGGACACAAGCCCUGCGUCCAGGCCUUCGGUGCCGACCAGUUCGACCAGAGUGAUCCCCGCGAGGCCGCCUCCCGAAGCUCCUUCUUCAACUGGUGGUACUUCAGCAUAAGCGCCGGUACCGCCAUCAUGCUGGUGUUUCUCUCCUAUGUACAAGACAACAUCGGUUGGGGCCUCAGCUUUGGCAUCCUCUCUGCCAUGAUGGCUUUCUCCCUUGUUGUGUUCCUACUUGGAACCCGCACAUAUCGGUACUAUUACAUCUUUGGUAGUAAGCAGUGUAGACUGGUCGCUAAUGCAUGUGAAGCUUUUACAUCGUGGACAAGCAGCUGGAGGAAGCAAAAGUUGGCCAAUCCUCUUUUGGCAACAUCGACUCUAGAAUCCAGGUCUCACACCGACGAUGAAGAUCAUGAGGUGGUGAUCAGCCAUGCGUACCUCCUCGAGGAAGCUAAGGUUGUUCUCCGGUUGUUGGUCAUUUGGUCGACGUGUCUAAUCUAUGUAGUGGCCUUCUCACAGGCAUCCACAUUCUUCACAAAGCAAGCGUCAACCCUAGACCGACGCGUUGGCCACCGGUUACAAGUUCCCCCGGCUGCAAUGCAGAGCUUCAUAUGCAUCACGGCAGUCAUCCUCCUGCCCUUGUAUGACCGCGCCCUCGUGCCGCUAGCGCGCCGCUACACGGGACUUCCCUCCGGCAUCACCAUGUUGCAGCGCAUUGGCACCGGGUUGGUGCUCUCGCUCUUGUCGAUGGUGGUGGCAGCGCUCGUCGAGACGCGACGGCUCCAGGUAGUGAUGGAUGCCGGUCUCGCAGACUUGCCUGAUGUGCCUAUCCCAAUGAGUCUAUGGUGGAUGUUACCGCAAUACGUGCUGGUCGGCGCAGCAGAAGUGUUCACCAUGGUCGGUCUACAGGAGUUCUUCUACGACCAAGUGCCCGACAAGCUGCGUAGCCUCGGGCUGGCUCUCUACCUCAGCAUCUUUGGCAUCGGCAACUUCAUAAGCAGUGGCCUCAUCUCCGGCAUCGAUAGGGCGACGACUACGAGAGGGCAAAGCUGGAUCUCCAAUAAUCUGAACCGCGGCCACCUCGACUACUUCUACUGGGUCAUCGCCACGCUUAGCGCCCUCGAUCUCCUGUUGUUUGUCUUCUUUGCGGUAACCUUCAAGUACAAGACGGAGGCAUUCGUAACUGUAACCGGAAUUUGUUGA